UACUUAGCUGUUGUUUAAGUAUAAUUGAGUCACUUGUUUGUAGCUGUUGAGCGUAGGACAAUAUAACGCCGCUACAUUUCCUGGGUUUCUUGUUACCUUUUUACCAUUACAGUUUUGGGCAUUCAGUGAGACCACUUUUGUAACGGCGUGGCUUACACAACUCGGCAACAGCCAGGUGUUUAGGGACGAAUUGUCCCAAAUGUCAUAGCAUCGUUUUUUUAAGACGGUAUCGUGCUGUGGUUAUGUACCGACUGGAAGUAAUGUUUUGAGACAUUUUGUAGUCUGGCGGUGGCUGGGUCUUAUUUGGCACACUUCCGUAGUUACACUACGUCUUAUGAGUGCAUAAUUGCGUUCACAAGUACUGUAAGGCAAAAUGCAGAGCACUGUCAGUACCCGGAUGUUUCACUCAAAACUGUGAGCGCGCAGGGCUGGAAUAGCAAUGGCGGAAGGGCAGGGACUAACUUGAAAUAAUGGUGACUGAGGACCAGUGGCGGAGCUACGGGGUGGCCGUGGCCACCCUAAGUCACUGUCCAGUCACCCCAGUGGCCACCCCCACGCAUGGGGGACAAUUUUGACAAACGCGGCUCUGUGGUGCAGAACAUUAGUUCAGCUUAACCAUAGUUCUCACUUGGACGCAUUUCACUGCAGCACACAACUUUCCGUGUGGAGGCGUUGUCAAUAAAACUUGCAUGAACUGUAAGCGUUCUGAAGGGUACCAAGUUUAAGUACGGACGUGCGCCCACUAAAACACAGCCAGAGAAGUAGAUGGAGCAGCUGAUGGAAGAGAGAGUGCAAGUGACACAAUCCCCUGAGAUGAGCGAGACAGUCGUGACUUCACAAAAAGAAGGGUUGGACACUGAGUCAAACACACAAGAACAUCCAGAGGCGAGUGGAUAUGAACAUGCUGAGUCAGCCCUACCAUCCUUGGUCAAAGAGUGCAGGAUGGAGGAUGCUGACGGGAACAUAUCCGAAGAUGCAGACAGCUCCUCUUCAUCAUCCUCGUCCUUGUCAUUUUCACCUGCCCCCGUGCUUGAAAAUGAUGACGACGACGAGGGUAUAAACCAACCACCUGUCUUCAAAACCAAAGAUGAACUUCUACUUGAGGAUCUGCCUGCAGUGGACGAGCUGAACAUGUCAUUGCCAGAUGGUGUAACACUAACACCAAUAGGAACGGUAUCCAGCGUCAUACAGCAGCUUGCAAUAAUCCAGUCUCUGAAAGACACACCCCCUUUGACCGAUGACAGCAUCAUUUUUCGAGCCGAUCGACUGGCUUUGGGCAAGGUUUUUGAAGUAUUUGGUCCUGUUUCCAGUCCUCUCUAUGUUUUGCGCUUUAACUCUCCUGAGGAGUUAAGCAGCAAGGGCCUGACACUUGGAUUGACUGUUUAUUAUGCACCAGAUAUGGAAGAGUACACAGGAUAUAUCCUCAUACAACAACUUCAACUUUUAAAAGGCUCAGAUGCAUCCUGGAAAAAUGACCAAGAACCACCAGAAGAGGCUUUAGACUACAGUGAUGACGAGAAGGAGCAGCAGGCUAAGAGAGUGAAAAACUCCAAAAAGAAGCAGAAGAAUUACACAGAAAAUUGUGCUCAGGGCACUGCACACCAUAAGCAGCAUCGCCAUGAUGUCACAGGUUUAACGGGAAAACAAACGGGGGCUCAGUUCAGCCACCAGAGCUUGAACCAGAACGUCCAACCACCAUUUCCUCACUCUCAUCCGUCGCCUCAACACGCACAUUUUCCUCCCAUGUACCCCCCGGCUCCCUACCUUUAUCCACCCCACCCUCCACCCCCACUAGCCUUUCUCCCUUAUUCAACCCCAUCAUUCUUUAAUCCGUCUUACUCCUCUACACCCUGGCUGCCAAACUCUGUGCCAUUCUCAGAACUUCCUCCGCCCACCCCUCCUCCUGAGUGAAACCCAGCAUACUGGCCAUACAUUAAAGGGACUGUAUGCAGAGGUUUUCCCGGCUACACACACACACACACCAAUGCAAAUUUAUGACCAUUUUUAUGCAGUUCACUAAUAACUGUGAAAAAUAUAUAUAUAUUUUGUACAAUCUGUUCUCUUAAACCACUAUUAGUAACAUAUGCUAGCCGGUGGUGGUGGUUUUUUGGAUGGAAAAAUCUUGAGCCAGUUGCAUACAGGCCCUUUAAGCCUUGCUGGCAGUAUAAACAUAUAGUCACUUGGAAUUAAACCCCAAUCUGUAAAUUAAAUUUAUUUUGAAAAUGUAUACAAACCUUCAGUGGGUGGCCUUUUUUUGUUUUGUUUUGUUUUUCAAAGUAGUGACCAUUUGUAAUAGAUGUGUUUAAGUUUAUAAACGGUACUUGUAAAUAGAAUUUACAAUGAGGGUAGACUCAUUUUGCAUGCAAAUGUAUGUACAGUAUAUGUACAGUACUGUUCCUAAUUUUGGGAUCACUUGUAAAUGC